AAUUCUAUCUCUGUUUACUAUAUUCCUCGAUAAUUUCAUUGCCCUAAGGAGUCGCCUAUAUUUCCUUGGUGAAGAAUUCCUAAGUUUUCAAUGUCUAAACAACGGCCUCUCACGCUAUUUCUCCAAUUGGACCAUUUCAUUGCUGUAAACCCUAUUCCUCUCUCAGUAUAAUUCCUAAGUAAAUGCCGAAAAUUUUCUGCUCCUCUCGUAUAUUAUCGUUGAUUUUCUUCUUCUUCUUUUCUUCUUCUUCUUCUUCUUCUAAUUAAAUUUAGUGACCCGAACGUUGAUUUUGGUGUUCCAGACUCUAAUUAUCCGCGAUCUGUUUUUUGGUAGUAGUGUUUUAUGGUAAUCUGUUUUGUAUGAUUUGUAAGAAGCUCAAGGCAAACCUAGGAUAAGCUUUAAGUUGCCACAAUUUGGAUUUUUACCCAUUUAAAUGCUUGAAGCAUGAAUUUUGUGUUCCUACUUACACAUGGACAAAGCUGGAGAGGACAAACCUUGCAGAUUUGGAGACCGGAGUACUAGUGACAUCAUCGUAUGCUUGAAAAAUCGUGGUGGAAGACCUGAAAUUUUCUAUUCUCACUCUUCUGUACUAGUUAAUAAGAGCAAGUUCUUUGCUGACUUGCUCUCUAGUCCAGAUUCUGGUACAUGCGUCGAGAUCCAUUGCUCAGAAUUUAAUUAUGAUCAUCAUGUUAACUUCUUUAGAUUGCUUUAUCUCCCUGUGGAUUCGCUUUUGGACUCCUUGGAAUCUGUCAAGUCUGCUGUUGGUGUACUUGAGGUUUCAGUUGCAUUCAGCUGUGAAGAGAUCACAAAGACCUGCAUCCAGUACCUAGAGGCCGUUCCUUGGGAGGACAAGGAAGAGGAAGAAAUCCUGAAAGUGGUCUCAAAACUGGGUCCAAUAGCUAUGCCCAUUAUAGCCAGAAUCCAACAAGUUGAUUUAACUGCUACAAAAAAUGUUUUUGUUUCAGCAGUUCGAUUUGCCACAUCUAUUGGUGGGUCAUAUCCUCCAUUCGGUGAUGAACUUAAAAUUUCUGCCCAGGAACAAGUUGAAUACAUGUUAGGGGAAGAUGAGGACAUGCCACUGGUGAGAGCCGAUGAUGAAGUAAAAUCCGUAGUAAAAGUAGGCCUUAGCAAAGUCUUUUCUUCAUUUGAAAAGGAAUUAUCCUCCCUGCUUUUGGACUCUGACAUCGUAUCUGAGACAGCAGAAGCCAAAAUAUUACAGACUGUAUCCGAUCUUCAGUGGAUGUGUAACAUACUUCCCAAGCUGGAUUUAAUGAAAGACUUUGUUUUAAACUGGGCCGACAUCUCUGGUAAAGUUUUGGGGAUAAUUGAAGACAAAAAGCUUGAUUAUCUAAUGUGGGGUUUGAAAUUAAAGAUGAUUGAAGUGAUUGCAAAGGUAUUGGAAGCAGUUGGUUAUGGAACUGUGAUUCUUACACCACCAUACCGGGUGCAACUACUAAGUAUGUGGCUGCCUUAUAUAAGGAAGAUAAAACCUCUCUUAGAUUCAAAAUGUAAUGGAGACUCAAGCUUUCCCUACAAAAUGGAUGAAGACUUAUGCCAGAGCAUUGAAGGGGCAAUCGUCUCGAUGAUACUAGCAUUGCCAUCAAAUGACCAAGCUGAUAUUUUGGCUGAUUGGAUGAAAGUCGACCAGGUUACAUAUCCCGAUUUGAGUGAAGCUUUUGAGGUUUGGUGUUACAGAACAAAGUCAGCGAAGAGAAGAUUGGUAGAAAACUUGGGUGGGCAGCUCUUCAGCCUUUGAUUUAUCAAUAUGAUGUUGUGACAUUGUUCUUUGGGCGGAAUUGACCGUUCCAUUAAUGUAUUUUCACGUAAUCAAGGUCAAUUUGAAAUUAUCUGUUUUCCAUGUAGUUUUCUUGUACCUCCAUGAGUAGUGCUGCCAAACAUACAUAUGAUCAAGUUUGGGGAUCUUGGGUGAUACCAGAAAGACUUGUAGCAGCUUUCCACAUUGUUGAUGGUUACAGAAUCAAUUCUGCUUUGAAUAUACAAGCCCACUGACAAUUUGAUGUCUCAAAAGGUACCUUUUAUACAUGUACGUCAUUUGGUAUGACCCCAUAACCUACUAGCUAGUGAAACAGUGCAGAAAACAAAGGAAGGUGAAAAAGAAAAAAGAGCAUAUUGUAGAGAAUGAGAAUGUUAUCACCCAGCGCCUACUGUUCUUGUACUUUGAAAUUGGAAGAUUGUGAUUCAUUUUCAACUUCUGGUUGGAGGUCCUCGAUAGACAUGCAACCCUACGGGAUAGCUAAAUGCAAGUUUCGCAAGCCAGCUGACACUUUUUUUUUUUUGGGUGUUUGGGGUGGGGGGGGGGGGGGGUAGGGGUGGAAGGGAGGUGUUGAUUGGUGGAAGGUUUUGGACAAGAUCUUAAAAGCUGACCAUUUUUGUUAUAUCAGUAAGGAGAAUAUGAUUUGGUGUGUGGGGCAAAGAGAUGAAGGUUCCUAAAUAUAAAACAAUGCAAGUUCCAUUUGUGAAGAAUUGAACCACUGGGAUCUGCACCCUGCAAUACAAGUUCCAUAUAUGGAGGAAUUGAACCGGGUUUGAUUAAAGUAGUUCAUCAAUAUUUAUAUAAAAUUCAUGUAAUUAGAUGGAAUUUCGGAUCCAAUACAGUGAACUCGUUGCACCUGAUUGAUUCUUUUGCUCUCA